GUGAGACUUUGAGCGCCAGGGAGCCACUCUCAUCUGACAAGCUGAGGGGACGAAAUGGGGAAGUCAGGUGGAAGAGGCGAUUUUGAAUGGGUCUACAACGACCAGCCGCACACGGCGAGGAGAAAAGAAAUACUGGCCAAGUACCCACAGAUCAAGUCCCUGAUGGGUCCAGAUCCCCAGCUCAAGUGGGUGGUGUCAGGCAUGGUGCUGUCCCAGCUCCUAGCCUGCUACCUGAUCCACAAUCUCCCCUGGAAGUGGAUUUUGUUCUGGGCCUAUGCUUUCGGCGGCUGCGUCAACCACUCUCUGACCCUGGCCAUCCACGACAUCUCCCACAACGUGGCCUUUGGCAACAAGCUGGCCAAGUGGAACCGCUGGUUCGCCAUGUGGGCCAACCUUCCCAUCGGAGUGCCCUACUCGGCCUCCUUCAAGAAGUACCACAUCGACCACCACCGCUACCUUGGUGGUGACAAGUUGGAUGUGGACAUUCCCACGGACUUUGAGGGAUGGUUCUUCUGCACGCCCACCAGGAAGCUAGUCUGGCUCUUCCUGCAGCCUCUCUUCUACACCCUGCGCCCUCUGCUGGUCAACCCUAAGCCAGUGUGUAAGCUGGAGGUCCAGAAUGCUGCUGUGCAGCUGGCCGCAGAUGUCAUUAUCUAUUAUCUAUGGGGGAUUAAGCCCAUUGUUUACCUCAUUGCAGGAUCUGUCCUAUGUAUGGGACUGCACCCCAUCUCUGGACAUUUCAUAGCUGAGCACUACAUGUUUCUGAAGGGACACGAGACAUACUCCUACUAUGGACCACUCAACUGGAUCACCUUCAAUGUCGGAUAUCAUAUGGAGCACCACGACUUCCCAAGCAUACCUGGCAGUAAACUACCUCAGGUGAAGCAGAUCGCAGCAGAAUAUUACGACUGCCUGCCGCAACACACUUCCUGGAUCAGGGUACUGUGGGACUUUGUGUUUGACGACAGCAUCGGCCCGUACGCCAGAAUCAAGCGGGAGUACAAGCUGAGCAAGCAGGAGUAGACCGGGCUUGAACAACAGCAACAGGAAUGUGAAUUUCAUUGUGGUCAGCGCGCCGGGGUGGAUGUUCUCUUCUUCUUCUGUUGACAAAAAUAAAGAAAUAAACGCGAGCAUUUCACCAUUCAGAGUCCAGAAAGUCGGUGCCCGUUGCUGUCCUCCAAAGACGGCCCAUCAUUUGAGACUACAAAUAAUAGUAUUCGACAGUGAACAUUAUUUUUUGUACGGUCAUGAAUUUUCAUGUUCAUUUUUUUCACCUUCUGCUGUGUAGUGCAAUGUGUGUGUCUUAUCGACAAUGAUGCCUUUUAUCAAGCAAAAACAUGUCGUUUAGGUUGGGUUUUUUUGAGGGGAUGUCACUGCUUGCUGUUUUUCAGUUUGAUCUAAUCCAGUGAGGACGUUCAAUGCAACAGGAAGCUGACAUCAGAGUCCCUAAAACGUUUCAUAUGAUGGCUAACGAAACAUUGAACGCUACUGCAGGACUGCUGGACACGCCCCAAAUCCACCUUUUACCUUUCAGCUGCUCACAGUUUGUCAUAGCGUUGUUUCUAUUUAAAUGUCCACGUAAUAAAUAUCCGUAUGAGAAGAUCAAAA